AUGGAGCCGCAACUCUUUCCGCGAGAGCGUGGCGAUGCAGGAGGCGGUAUCUACAACUCUCGGUCUCCAGCAGCGCCGCAGACGAAAGACUGCUUGCCAUUCACGCAUUUAUGCGACUUGUUCAAGACUCUGGUACCACCCGACAGUGUGUUCGCCAGCUUACAGUCGAUCGACGGCUCGUGUCAAGCAGAAAUGUCGCGACUACGGGCAGUGCUGCCUAGCGCAGAAGUCCCUGCUACAACCGGUCCUAUGGUGACGGCACAAUGCAGUACGACCCGCCUUAAGCUACUCACCUAUGCGGCUUCCAACAACCUAGCGGGCAUGGAUGACCAACAAGGGCGAGCGUCGGCGAAUGUAUCAAUCUUGCAGUAUUUUGAAAGCUUAUCAGCGAACCUCUUUCGAGCCUACGAAAACACAUACCUUGGUCCGACGCUGUUCAGCAAUGAUAUUUCGAUGCGGCCAAUAGCGGAGACCCUCUUCAAAGCGGCGGUAGGGACUGGCGACGUCGGAGUCGUCAGGCAGAUUCUCUCGUCGCCGGAGUGCAGUCUCAAAAUCAACGACGUGGUGGUUAUCGAGGAAAGCAGUGGUGUUCCUUUUACGGCGUUGGAGUUCGCGGCCCAUUGUCAGAACCUUGCACUCGUGGAACUACUUGUCGACAACGGAGCUGAUCUGGAUGGUUAUCGCACACGCUUGUGCAGCAAUAAAGUGCGCGUCAUUGGGGAGAAUGCAUCGAUGAAAGGACGCUCGAUCGCGGCUGAAGCACGGGUUCGCGGCAGUCUGGAAUGCGCACUAUGUCCAAGACUUCUCAAUGACGAAGGGUGGAGCCCCCCUGGUUACAACCCUGAUUUGAUCAGUCACCUCAUUGAAUGUGGUGCCCGGAUUCAACCUGUGAAGGAUGGCUGGCCGUGCGAAUAUCUGUUGCACCAGAUGGCUUUACCCGACCAUGACAGCACUGUGGAUCUUCUGGUCAGCCGGCUCAUCAACUCGGCCAACCAGCGCAGCUGGAUGGACAGCGGAUUCUUUCAUGUUGCUUUCGAUAAUCUGGAGCAGGCUGUACUGCACCGUCUCAUCGAUUACAUGUGUAGUUGGGCAUGCAAUUUUGGUCACUGCGAUCAGCCUCCAGGUGGUAUGCCACCUCGGUUCCAAUUCUGUCCGCCAAAGCUUGCCUGGAGAUCUCCGCUCCAGUUUCCUCUUGGAUCACAACGGCCUCUCACCACCCGCACUAGGCCUCAAUUCAUUCUGGAUAUCUGCGCUGCUCGUGGACACCUGGAACUUGUCUGCCGGCUUCUUGACCUUGGUGCAGUCUGCAGCUCAGAGACACUCAGCGUAGCAAUAGCUGCCAACCAAGUCGAGGUAGCACAAUACUUGAUGCGCCCCUCAUGCGCCAAGUCGUAUGGAUACUCAUCGCUACUGAGUUCGACUCCUCUUGCAGAAGCUAUCUACCUCCAGAACACGACUCUACUCAUGUCCUUUCCAUCCCUCGCAGUUGGCGAUCUCGAUUUCGAGAGCUACCGAGCCAUGGUGAGAGCUGCAGCUGCGAUAGGGGAUCUCGAAAGAGUGCGCAUUCUUCUCGAUUCGGAAAAGCCUGUGCACAUCAACGCCGCCCAGCGCCAGCAAAUUACCAAUAUCGCCUUACUGGAGGCGUGUCACCAGAAACGAACGAGAGUGGUAAGACACCUUCUCGAAGCAAAUGCCUGUGCCAGCAACACCCGUGUAACAUUCGACGACAGCACAUUCUUCACUCGGAGCGCACUGGGAAUGGCGAUCCAAUCAGAGGAUCUUGCAUCGAUCGGGGCCUUGAUCGAUCACGGCGCUUCAGAUGGGUUGGACUUCUACCAGAUGACUGCUGUACAAUAUGCAAUUCAAGCUGGGAAUUCUUCUUUGACGAAGAUGUUGGUUGCAGCUGGCUACAGUUCCAGCGGAGCUUUUGAUGUUGCAGUAGAGGAGGGACAUAUGCAACUCGCAAGAGAGUUGCUUGGCAUGGGUGCUUUGAUUGGCUCGCAUGCCCUGCGCGGCGCCGUGAUGGCCCAAGAUGUGGACUUGGUCGAGCUGAUACUCGCGCAUAACACGUUUCCUAUAGAUGUGAAAGCACUCGAGGAUGCCGUAACUUUAGGCAACGAACGUGUGAUCAGUGUCUUGUACAGUCGCGCCGUGAAAGAUGACCUACAUUACGACCAAGGCCAACGAGUUGAAAUACUGGAAUCUCUGGUACGGUAUGGAAAAUCUGAUCUACUGAGGCCUUUUCUGCAACGUGAUAAUGCCCGGAUGUCACCUUCUGGGAUCCAACUGGACUGGCUUAUCCGUCCGCUACUGGCCGCCAUCGAAUUCAACGGAAGCGCAGCGUUCGAACUCUCUCAGGCAGUGCUAGGAGCGGGCGCUAAUCCCAACACUUUGUGUUCGCAGCAUGAAUUGGAAGCAAGCACCAGGAGUCAACGUGACCGCCAUGGUCCCUCGAAGGAUACAGGUGAACGAAUCGUUACUUCGGCCCUAUUGGAAGCUAUCCGUAUUGGCAAGGAGGACAUCGUCCAAUUGUUGAUUGACUUUGGAGCGGAUGCCAAUAUGUCUGCAUCAAGAGGCUGCCGAAAGACCCCGCUACAGCAGGCUGCCGAAUCCGGUUCUUUGACGCUCGUUGAGAUGCUGUUAUUGCAUGGGGCCGACGUCAACGCGGCUGCAGCAGUGCGACAUGGAACUACCGCGCUUCAGCUCGCUGCUAAGCUCGGAUACAUCGGCCUUGCUGAAUUACUGAUUGAGCGUGGCGCUGAUAUUUGUGCUCCCGGUGCUGUGAUCGGCGGACAGACGGCGUUUGCGUCGGCAGCUGACUGGGGAAGAUUCGACAUGAUCAAAUACCUUGCGUCUCGAGCCGAGAUACCUGAUGACGAGCUUCGGAAUGCACAGAGAUUGGCGCAAGCUAAUGGGCAUGGCGCAGUCGUUGAAGGAAUCGAGUGCAUGAUGCUGCAACGACACAAUCGGCCUCUCGAUAUAGGCUACCGUUCGACUGUCCCAAGCAUCCACAAGGCAACUGUGCAGAACGCAAGCCAUUUCGGAAUGCCUGAAGACAUUACGAUGUCUAGCGGCAAGCAAUCAGAAGCCUUAAGGUUCUUGUGGCCCGGCAGUACGACUUUGGGAGGCAGGCUCGAGUGA